AUGCGGGACAGGAAGAGGAAAGACGACGAGGCAGAGACGGUCGUAAAGGCGAACAGCAAAGUCUUCAAGGACGAUGUCCUGAAGCUCGGCAAAGAGCUCGGGGUUGACAACACGAUGCUCGUUGUUCUCGCCGAGGGCGCCAAGAAGCCCAAGGAGGCGCGGAGCGCUUUCGAGGAGAGCAGCUUCGAGAAUAUCUCCACAGCGUUCACCAGCCACGUCCAGGACUUGGCCGGGAAAAUCCAGGAGGGUGAGCCCGCCAAGGCGGCGCGGGCCCAGGCCGUGGGCGCAGCCAAGGCCGCCCUCGAGGAGGCGGCGAAGCACAAGGCUGACGCAGACGCCGCGCUCGACGCCGCCAAGGCGGCGGAGAAGGCGGGCGCUGCGGCUCUGAAGGCGGCGGAGAAGGCCGUCACUUCGUGGUUGGCCGACACGAAGAAGCUCAUGGACAAGUACGACGCGGCUGUGGUGCAGUGCGACGAGUUCACCGCCGUACUGGGUGCCUUCGAGACGCUUAAGGAGCUGGAGCCCCCGCCGCCGCCGGCCGAGGAGCCGCCCGCCGAGGUGCCCGCUGCCGGGGAGGCGGCGCCCGCGGAGGAGGCCUCCGCGGCGGCGGCCUGA